AUGUUUGCUAACAUGAUGCUGUUGCAGCUCAAUGAACGCCUCUUCUACCAGCAGCUUCCAUCCAGGCCACUUCAAAGUGAUUCCAAGGCCUCCAUUGCCGAGGAUUACAAGAGUUACCUUGAAUACUACUCAACCGAUCAUCCGACAGUUUGGUUGCCGUAUCAGUUCCGAAUGAUCAGAUUCCUAGUGGUUGUGUCUUCUACGAUUCUCCUCUUAUUUCUGCUUAUUUUCCUAUCUCACAAAGGCGUCAGUGAUAUCAACGUUUCGGAGCCAACUGAGCAUAUACCAACGAAAACCCUGGGAGGUCGGCUGUACUGCGAUCGGGAACAGAUGAAGCCAUCAGUUGAAAUCCCAGAUGACGUGAACAAAGUUCGCCCAGCUGAUCUGAAAGUAAUUGCUGCCAUGGGUGAUUCAAUCAUGGUAGCUUCCUUGUCGAAAAAUUUCGAAGAUGAUACGUCAAGAAAUAUAUAUCUUGGUAACUCGUUUGUCAUCGGCGGUGAUGGAACACUCGCUGAGCAGAUAACUGUAGGAAAGAUUGUGCGGGAAUUCAACCGUGAGCUCGUGGGAUUGUCACAUGGUGCCGGUUACGACAACGCGGGUUUCAACGUUGCCGUAGGUGGAAUGACUAGUGAGGACAUGCCUAGACAAGCGAAAGAUCUGAUUGAAAGGAUGAAACGCGACGGGGUGAGUCUCACCGAAGAUUGGAAGAUUGUGACCAUUUUCAUCGGAACCAAUGACAUUGCAAAACUAAGGUGUUAUUCUCAAAAGGAACCAAUCGAACGUGGAGAGUACAAAAGAAAUCUUUUUGAAGCUAUUUCAUUACUGAGGGGAAAUUUGAAUAGGACAAUAGUUUCAGUAGUGUCGAUGUGGAAUUCGCAGUUGGUUUUUGACGCACAAUCACUCAUCGAAGAAGGAAAGAGAAUGCAGUGUGGUGACCAUUACAUGGAAAAGCGUGAUGUCUUAUGUGAUGAAUACCGAAAGGUAGCCUAUGAGGUCCAAAAUGAAAGAGCAUUCGACCAUAAAGAUUUUACAGUAGUCGUCCAAGGAUUUAUGGAUAACAUUCGAGACGCUUUUCGGAAUAAAGACGGUAUGUAUGAUAAGUCAUUUUAUGGCGAAGACAUGUUCCAUUUGAGCAAGUACGGAAAUGCGGUUCUUGGAAAGUUCCUCUGGAACACGAUGCUCGAACCUGUUGACCAAAAGAGCAAAAAAGUUGAUUUAGGCGACGAAUCGGUCCCUCUCAAAUGUCCUACAAAGGAUCGACCUUAUAUACAGACGUUGGGUAACAGAUGA